UAUACCGUAUAUCUGUCCUAUUAAAAUUUCAUAGUUGGGGGGUGAUUAGGAAAAAAAAAAAGUCUAAAAUAGCUCCUCAGAGGGGUAAUAAUGAAAAAAAUGUUGAUAAGCAUUGUUCUAGCCAUUUGUUCAAAUCUAUUUUUAUGUCUUUCAGGAGUAUUUCAAGUGUUUCCUCUUACACGUUUUAUGCAUUUCUUGUUAAGCUGAUACCUAGCCCUGGCCUCUCCGGACUCUGCACAUCUCCAGGAGAGGAACCCAGAAAAUUCAUCAGUUCUGACAGCUCUAAAAACCAUGCCCCACUGGUUGGUGACUUUCAGGGAUGUGGCCAUCGACUUCUCUCAGGAGGAGUGGGAGUGCCUGGACCCCACUCAGAGGGACUUGUACCAGGAUGUGAUGCUGGAGAACUACAGCCACCUGAUCUCACUGGCUGGAUGUUCGAUCCCUAAGCCAGAUGUGUUUUCCUUAUUGGAGCAAGGGAAGGAGGCUUGGACGGUGGUGAGAGCCAUGACAAGAAGACGGAGCUCAGACUUGGAAUCCAAUUGUGAGACCAAAAAGUCAUCUCCAGAAAAGGGAACUUAUGAAAUGGAAUUGCUGCAAUGGAAGAAUCUGAGGAAACCUAUUAGCAGUAACCUUGAGCGCAAUGGUCUUGGAGAUGAUAUGGAGUGCAAAGGCAAGUUUGAGGGUCAACAGAAAAGUCAGGAAGGACUUCACAUGCACAUGAAAAUUACCUGUGAAGAAAAGGCCACUCAAAGCCCUUCCACGUCCCCUACUCUUGAUCAGAUCAAUUCUACCAAGGAAAAAUUGUACAAAUGUAAGGAAUGUAAACAAGCUUUCAGCUAUCUGUCAUGCCUUAUUCAACAUGAGAAAAAUCAUAAUAAAGAGAAACACUCUGAAGUUAAGAAACGUAGGAAGACCUUCAGCAAAAAGCUAAACUAUAUUCAACAUCAGAGGAUUCAGAAUGGUGAGAAACCUUAUGAGUGUAUAGAAUGUGGGAAGGCCUUUGGUCGUAGUUCUGAUCUGAUUCAACAUCAGAAAAUUCAUACUAAUGAAAAACCUUAUCAAUGCAAAGCAUGUGGGAAGGCCUUUAUUCGUGGUUCACAGCUCACUGAACAUCAGAGAGUUCAUACAGGAGAGAAACCGUAUGAAUGUGAGAAAUGUGGAAAAGCCUUUAGCUAUUGUUCACAAUAUACUCUCCAUCAGAGAAUUCAUAGUGGUGAAAAACCCUAUGAAUGUAAGGAAUGUGGGAAGGCCUUUAUUCUUGGCUCUCAACUUACUUACCAUCAGAGAAUUCAUAGUGGGGAGAAACCUUAUGAAUGUAAGGAAUGUGGGAAGGCCUUUAUUCUUGGUUCACACCUUACUUAUCAUCAAAGAGUUCAUACUGGUGAAAAGCCUUACAGAUGUAAAGAAUGUGGGAAGGCCUUUUUAUGUGCCUCCCAACUUAAUGAACAUCAGAGAAUUCAUACAGGUGAGAAACCCUAUGAAUGUAAAGAAUGUGGGAAGGCCUUUUUUCGUGGCUCACAACUUACUUACCACCUGAGAGUUCAUACAGGUGAGAGACCAUAUAAAUGCAAAGCAUGUGGGAAAGCUUUUAUUUCUAAUUCUAAUCUUACUCAACAUCAGAGAAUCCAUACAGGUGAGAAACCCUACAAAUGUAAAGAAUGUGAGAAGGCCUUUAUUUGUGGCAAACAACUUAGUGAACAUCAGAGAAUUCAUACAGGUGAGAAACCCUUUGAAUGUAAGGAAUGUGGAAAGGCCUUUAUUCGUGGUGCAUAUCUUACUCAACAUGAGAAAAUUCAUGGUGAGAAACAUUAUGAAUGUAAGGAAUGUGGGAAGACCUUUUUUCGUGCCACACAACUUAUGUAUCAUCAGAGAAUUCAUACAGGUGAAAAACCCUACAAAUGUAAGGAAUGUGACAAGGCUUUUAUUUAUGGCUCACAACUUAGUGAACACCAGAGAAUUCAUAAAGGUGAAAAGCCCUAUGAAUGUAAACAAUGUGGGAAGGCCUUUAUUCGUGGCUCACACCUUACUGAACACCUAAGAACUCAUACUGGUGAGAAACCCUAUGAAUGUAAGGAAUGUGGGAAGGCCUUUAGUCGUGGCUCAGAACUUACUCUACAUCAAAGGAUCCAUACUGGUGAGAAACCCUAUGCGUGUGUCCAAUGUGGUAAAGACUUUCGACGUCAUUCACAACUCACUCAACACAUGAGGCUUCAUAAUUGAGAAAGCCUUGAAUGUGAUUUAAUAUAAGAAACCUUCACCUAUCUUCAACAGCUCUGGAAUAUUAGAGAACAUAUGUUAUGUUUAUAAUGAAUGUAGGAUUGUGCUCAAAAUCAACUCAGUUUUAGAAAGCCUAUAUUAACUUAAUGAAUGCAGAAAUGACUUCUGGAACCCAUUAAACAUUUUUUAAAAAUCUUUAUAACCCUGGAAUGUAAUGCUGAAUUAUAUCCUUUAUUGAGCACCAUCUCUAUUUCACCAUUUCUUAACUGUGAAAUUCGAUGUUACUUAAGUUCUCUGUGCCUCAGUUUCUUUAUGUGUAAAAUACUGUAUUAUAUGAAUACUGUAUAAUAUGUAUUAUGAUUAAAUUAUAAAUGAUUAAACACCUGUAACUCCCUUUGGACAUUAUCUGAUACUCAAUGUUAUUAUCGUUGCUAUCAUCAACAUUAUUAUAAUGCUAUUAGAGAAGUCAAAUGGUAGGAAUAUUUUGUGAGUACGAUAAAAAGACGUAAGCAUUCUAUUACCAUCUAUCCCUUUUUGAACACCAGAUAAUUUAUUCUAUGACAAAAGUUUUAGAAUGUAAGGGUAUGAUGGCCUCCAUUUCAGAGCUCAUAAAUUUUGCUGCACCAGAAAAUUCAUACUGGAAAGAAUCGUUAUGGAAGAAAUUUCUUUAGGGUUGUAGAACUUUUUAAUAAAAUCAAGGAGAGGUGAUUUUUCUAUAAAAAAAUUCCAAAAGCAGAAGUCA